AUGGAGGACCGACGUCUCCUGACAUUGUAUGGUAGUCAGACAGGGACUGCUCAAGAUGUUGCAGACAGGGUUGUCAGGGAAGCCAAGAGGAGACACUUUUCUGCCAAAUCUGUUGCCAUGGACUCAUACAAUGUGGCUAACCUCAUUCAAGAACCACUAGUUAUUUUUGUGUGCUCUACGACUGGACAGGGAGACCCACCUGAUAAUAUGAAGAUGUUCUGGAAGUUUUUGUUAAGAAAAGACCUGCCUUCCAACUCACUGUGCCAGCUCCAUUUUGCAGUUCUUGGUCUGGGCGACUCAUCUUACCAAAAAUUUAAUGUGGUUGCAAAACGGUUACAGAAGAGACUGGAACAGCUUGGUGGUCACUCUAUCUUUCCACUUGGGCUGGCAGACGAUCAGCAUGAUUUGGGUGUUGAUGCUGUGGUGACUCCCUGGCUGGCUGACUUGUGGAAGGCUGUUCUAGACAUUUAUCCUCUUCCUCCAGGAGUGGAAGUUGUCAGCAGUGACAUUUGUCCCCAGUCUAAAUAUAAGGUCAAGUUCAUCAAGGACAAACCAUCAGUGAACGGUCAUUCAGCAUCAUAUGGUCACAGAGAACCAAGCCCAGUCUUGACCACACAACCAGUGGUAGAACCUGACCUCUCACCUGGAAGGAUACCAGAUGCUCUCUUCCCAUUUCCUGCCCAUCUUCUCUCCAACGAGAGGCUCACAGCUGCUGACCACUUUCAGGAUGUUCGGCUGAUUAAGUUCGAUAUAACUGGGUCAAAUAUUAGGUAUCUGCCAGGAGAUGUUGUGAUGAUCCAGCCAGAAAACAUGCCUGAUAGCGUAGAGGAGUUCCUGUCUCUGCUGGGAGUUGACCCAGAGCAACAGUUUGUUUUGGAACAGAAUGAUCCUGAUGUCCCCCUCCCUGCAAAUUUCCCCAGCCCAUGUUCGGUGAGAUGGCUAUUGACCCGGUAUCUGGACUUCAACUCGGUGCCAAGACGGUCAUUCUUUGAGUUGCUGAAAUACCAUGCAGAUGAUGAGUUAGAGCUGGAGAAGUUGGAAGAGUUUUGUUCCCCACAAGGACAGGAGGAGUUGUAUUCUUACUGCAACAGAGUCAAGAGGACUAUAUUAGAGGUGCUAGAAGAUUUCUCCAAGACCACUGCCCGAGUACCUUUUGAAUAUUUCUUUGAUUUGAUUCCUGCACUUCAGCCAAGGGCAUUUUCUAUUGCUUCAUCUCCAAAGGCUCAUCCUAACGAACUUCAUAUACUGAUGGCUGUUGUUAAUUACCGCACAAAACUGCACCGGCCGAGGCGAGGUGUGUGUUCAACAUGGCUGUCAAGCCUCAGUCCUGAUGAGAAUGUCUUGUCAGUUCCAAUCUGGGUAAAGAAAGGAACAAUCCAGUUUCCGAAUGACCUCGCUAUUCCCUUAAUCAUGGUAGGACCUGGCACAGGCUUAGCCCCCUUCAGAAGUGUCAUCCAUGACAGAUGUACAGGUAGUCAUGGAGGUUUGGUGCUGUUCUUUGGGUGUCGUAGCCAGUUCAAGGACUUCUUUUGUGCUGAUGAAUUUAGAAGCCUAAUAGAGGCAGGGCAUCUCCAGAUGUUCACGGCUUUCUCUAGAGAUCAGGACGAGAAAAUAUAUGUUCAGCACAGACUCAGAGAAAAUGGCAGCCUUGUGUGGAAAAUGAUUCACGAGGAAAGAGCUUCUUUUUUUAUAGCAGGCAAUGCCAAGAAUAUGCCAGAUGAUGUCAAGGAAGCAGUUUGUGAUGUUAUCAGCAAAUAUGGCUCCAUGAGUGCAGAGAAUGCCAUGAUGUACAUACAGAACUUGGAGAAAGGCAGAAGAUUUCAAGUGGAGGCUUGGUCUUAG